ACAAGCUGUUAUUUAUCAGAGUUGCUCUUCAUGGCCAGUCACCCUGGCAACAACAAACGCCGCUCAAGCCAAUCACUUUCCGCGCCGCUUAUGACGCCACGUCCGGUCUACUCGCUGGGUUUGGUUCGUCCUCCAUCUUGGUUGUGGUUAUCGGACCGAGUUGCAGUCUCUUGAAGAAGAUAGGUUGACCGGCUCUGGACCCGCUCUUGAGUUUAGCGAACCGACACAGUAUCUUUGAACUCACUCGGUCCAAAGGAUACCAGGCAGAGCUGGAUUGACAGUAGUCCAGAAGCUCAUACACAGGGCCCUGCCGGGAUGCUAGCGGGCUAGCGGCGAAACUUAGCCAUCAAAGAGGAACUGUUGCUCCGCUCCAGUUUGGAUCCAUGCCAUUUCAAAAACUGCCGAAAAAGAAGCCCAACCGAGCAGAUAGGGUUGGUCCUGUAGUCAUACAGGAACCAGUGAUGCCGGGUCGGUAAUUGACACAGCACGCAGACAGCUCGCAGAGUUGUGGCAGGUGCUGCUUCAUGACCCAACGUCCCUCACGCUGACCUGGGUAACAUGUCCAGCAGGACCCCACUGCCCACUGUCAACGAGCGGGACGCCGAGAACCAUACCUCUGUAGAUGAUGGUCGCAGCGAGGUCCUGUCUCGCUCCAUUCGCUCUGCUCGCUGUAAAACUGCCUCGUCCUCUGGCGCAGACGAGUCCCCCCAUGUGGGAAAUUAUCGUUUGCUGAAAACCAUUGGGAAGGGAAACUUUGCCAAAGUUAAACUGGCUCGACACAUACUGACAGGACGAGAGGUGGCGAUCAAAAUCAUUGAUAAGGCUCAGCUAAACCCCACCAGCCUCCAGAAGCUCUUCAGAGAGGUCAGAAUAAUGAAGUUCCUUAAUCACCCAAAUAUCGUGAAGCUGUUUGAGGUCAUAGAGACAGAGAAGACUCUGUACCUGGUGAUGGAGUACGCCAGUGGAGGUGAAGUGUUCGACUACCUCGUAGCGCAUGGGAGGAUGAAGGAAAAGGAGGCCAGAGCUAAAUUUAGACAGAUUGUGUCUGCUGUUCAGUACUGCCAUCAGAAGCACAUUGUUCAUCGCGACCUAAAGGCGGAGAACCUCCUCCUUGAUGCUGACAUGAAUAUUAAAAUAGCAGAUUUUGGCUUCAGUAAUGAGUUUACUGUCGGGGGGAAGCUGGACACUUUCUGUGGGUCUCCACCGUAUGCGGCACCUGAACUCUUCCAGGGAAAGAAGUAUGAUGGUCCAGAGGUGGAUGUGUGGAGUCUGGGUGUGAUUCUUUACACUCUGGUUAGUGGCUCUUUGCCAUUUGAUGGUCAGAAUCUCAAGGAACUCAGAGAGCGUGUGCUGCGGGGGAAGUAUCGCAUUCCCUUCUACAUGUCAAAUGACUGUGAGAACCUGCUGAAGCGAUUCCUGGUUCUAAACCCAGGGAAACGAGGGACUCUGGAGCAAAUCAUGAAGGAUCGCUGGAUCAAUAGUGGAUUUGAAGAAGAGGAACUAACGCCUUUUGGGGAGCCGGAGCUGGACAUCAGAGACCAAAAGAGGAUAGACCUGAUGGUGGGGAUGGGUUACUCCAGAGCAGAGAUCAAUGAGUCACUUGCCAAGAUGAAGUAUGAUGACAUCACAGCCACUUACCUAUUGCUGGGAUGCAAAGUCUUUGAGGUGGAUGUGACUGACUCGUCGUCCUCUGGAUCCGUCACCAUACUAAAAUCUCGUUCUCCUGCUCACCUCCUCCCCCAGCACUACUCCUCCUCCAAGCAGAGGAGGUAUAGCGACCAAGUCUGUCCGGUAUCCUCAGCUGUUCCUCAGCACAGUAAGUGUCAGACGGCAGUGACAUCGGAAGGGGAGGGGCAGCAGGAGGCUGGAGGUCACAACAGGAAGUCCAGUCCUGUGAAGACUGGCAGUUCUGAGCAAGGAGUUUCCGUGAACCCCAACAUGGCUGACAUCCCUGAGCGAAUGAGGUCGUCAGCCACAUCCGCUGGAGGAUCCUCCAGCAUGACAAGGAGAAACACGUAUGUUUGCAGUGAGAGAAAUGCUGCUGAUCAAUUAUCUGUGGUCCAGAAUGGCAAAGAAAACAGCUCAGUGGUCACAUCCAACCAAAAAUCAGGGGGCGGAGCCUCCUCCCACAGCAUCAACAGCGGAGCCACACCCCCCGAUCGACUUCGCUUUCCUCGUGGCACAGCCAGUCGCAGCACCUUUCAUGGUGGACAGCUAAGGGAGAGACGCACUGCCACCUACAACGGCCCCCCCACCUCCCCCAACUUGUCACAACAUGCCACCUCACCUCUCUCCCAGUCACGAGCAAAAGAGUCCACCAACCUGUUCUCCAAGCUUACCUCCAAAUUCACACGCAGAGGCAUCUCCGAUGUUGAGAGGAACGGAAGACCUGAAGGGUCCAGUCGUAACGUGUCACCUGAUCAGAAGGACGAGCAUGGAUCUCCUGCUGUUCAGCUGAAGGACACGAAGGACGCAAAACCCCGCUCUCUGAGGUUCACUUGGAGCAUGAAAACUACGUCAUCCAUGGAGCCCAUGGACAUGAUGAGGGAGAUCAGGAAAGUCCUGGAUGCCAACAACUGUGACUACGAGCAACGUGAGAGCUUCCUGGUGCUCUGUGUCCAUGGAGAUGGACACUUGGACACCCUCGUCCAGUGGGAGAUGGAAGUCUGCAAACUGCCCCGCCUGUCACUUAACGGGGUUCGUUUCAAACGGAUCUCAGGAACGUCUAUUGCCUUUAAGAACAUAGCCACCAAGAUUGCCAAUGAGCUGAAACUGUAGAUGGAGGGAGAGAGACCGGUAAAGUGGACCAAUUGUUCUCUGAUUUUACAUUUAAUGACUGUGGCCGUCUAUGUGAACCUGGUCUGUAUUCAUUGUUUGUUGGAGAUUGACCAGCAGCCUGGAGUCUGACCACAUCUCUCUCUCCUCUCUCCAGGCUCUGCUUCCCAUUGUACAGGUUUUUUUUCAUCUCUCCCCAGGCUCAGUCCUCCUGUACUUUGCACUUAUAAUUCAAUGAACGUGGCUGACGGCUGCAAAGUAUCAUAGAGCACCAGUGUCCGGUGUUGCUAAAGAAGGCAGUUUAUUCUUUUAUUUGAAAGGAACCUCCCCAGCCCAUCAGUGGAUGGGUGAGGCUGGAGUCUGACACAGGGCCGCAGGGCCAAGUCAUUCAGGUAGUUGUGAGUUUGUGAAUGUAAAUAGUUUCUGACAGAGACUCUGACUGUUUUCAUGUUGAUUCAUUUUUCCUUUUGUACGGGUGGUCAGUCAGCUGGUUGUUAUUGUGUGGUAAUGAACAUGAGGGUCACCUGUGUCUCAUUAAACAACCUAAACAAAGCUCAACUUCCUGCCUACAUGACUGAGCCACCAAAGCCAUUUUCAAACUGCUCUGAUGCCACUGUUGAUGUCAAGAUGCCUUUACUUAUUCACACAGGUCUUAAAUAAGAUGUUUACGGCAUUCACAACUGAUGCGUAACUGGCCAGACCAGAAGUUACAGGGGGCAGGGUAAUAAAACUUCCAUUACUGGCUACA